AAUCUCUCUUCUCUUUUAUCUCUCUCUGGAAGCGUCUCUUCUUUGGAUCAAGCGGCGGCGUUGAAGAAGAAGUAAGAGAAGUAUGGUUGAGACCAGACGUAGCUCUUCUGCUUCCAAGCGUUUUUCAGCUGAAACAAGUUCAUCCUCACGCCUUACCAAACGAUCCAAGCGGGCUGCGGAACCGGCAGCAUCUUCGUCGGCGAGUGAGGUGCCGAUUGAAAAUCAAGGACCGGUUUCGGAUCCUGGAUCGGAAUCUGGAGAGCAAGAACUAAGAACUUCUGAUCCGCAGAGUAAUGAUGCGGAAAGGCCAGUUAAUAACACCGCUGUGCCCGCGAUGGAGACCGACACAAAUCCAGAAGUUGAAGGCUUGGUGACGCCUACACCUGCAGGUGAAGUGGUGGUGGAAGCUGAGAAAUCGAAAUCCUCCAAGAAGCGGAUUGCUAAGGCUCCUUGGGCCAAGCUACUUUCUCAGUAUCCUCAGAACCCUCAUUGUGUCAUGAGAGGCUCUGUGUUUACUGUUGGACGGCGAGGAUGCGAUUUAUGUAUCAGAGAUCAUUCUAUGCCCAAUGUUCUAUGUGAAUUAAGGCAGUCUGAGCACGGAGGUCCAUCGGUUGCAUCACUGGAGAUAAUAGGGAAUGGAGUACUUGUUCAGGUCAAUGGCAAGAUUUACCAAAGGAGUACUUGUGUUCAUCUACGAGGUGGCGAUGAAAUUAUCUUCAGCACCCCUGGGAAACAUGCUUAUAUAUUUCAGCCUCUUAAAGAUGAAAAUCUAGCUACUCCAGAUAGAGCUUCUUCAUUGAGCAUUUUUGAAGCGCAGAGUGCCCCUCUGAAAGGGCUUCAUGUUGAGACAAGAGCAGGAGACUCUUCAUCUUUAUUGGCGUCUAUAUCAAAGUUACAUAAUGUCCCUUUUCUACCACCUACUGCUAAAAGUGUCAAAAUUCAGCAAAAUUCAGAGGUUCCUGUUCUACCUUCUAGCUGCAAUGAUUGUAUUCUGGAUGUUGACAUGAACGAUGAUGAUAGUCAUAAUGAUCAUGCUGCUAUUGCUUCAACGGAGAAAACUGUUGCUUCGACCUCUUGUGCUGCCAACGAUGACCUGAAUGCAGAUGGAAAUGGAAUGGAUCCUUUUCAAGAAGCUGAGGGUGGAAAUAUUCCUGGUUCUGGUUAUGAAAUUAGACCAAUUUUGAGUUUACUUGGGGAUCCUUCUGAAUUCGAUUUAACGGGUAGCAUUUCCAAAAUACUGGUGGAAGAACGAAGGGAAGUGAGGGAAAUGCUGAAAGAAAAUGAACGUCCAUCAGCUUCGGUGUUAACUAGACGUCAAGCACAUAAGGAUAGUUUGCGAGGAGGAAUACUCAAACCUCAGGACAUAGAAGUUUCUUUUGAGAACUUCCCAUAUUUCUUAAGUGGCACAACUAAGGAUGUUUUGAUGAUAUCAACAUAUGCCCAUAUGAAGUAUGGAAGGGAGUAUGCGAAGUAUGCAUCAGAUUUGCCAACAGCGUGCCCCCGUAUCUUGCUCUCUGGACCAUCUGGUUCUGAGAUAUAUCAGGAAAUGUUAGCAAAAGCGCUUGCGAAAAAAUUUGGGGCCAAAUUGAUGAUUGUUGACUCUCUCUUGUUACCUGGGGGAUCAACACCCAAGGAGGCAGAUUCUACCAAAGAAAGUUCUAGGCGUGAAAGACUGUCUGUGCUUGCUAAACGAGCUGUACAGGCUGCACAAGCUGCUGUUUUGCAGCAUAAGAAACCAAUUUCAAGUGUUGAGGCUGAUAUAACAGGUGGAUCAGCAUUGAGCUCUCAGGCUGUUCCGAGGCAAGAAGUAUCAACUGCAACCUCUAAAAGUUAUACCUUUAAAGCAGGUGAUCGAGUAAGGUUUCUAGGCCCUUCAACUUCUUCUCUUGCUUCUCUUGCUUCUCUCCAAGCUCCACCUAGGGGACCGGCAACAGGUUUUCAGGGAAAAGUACUCCUUGCAUUUGAAGGCAAUGGAUCUUCAAAAAUCGGGGUUAGAUUUGAUAGGUCGAUACCAGAUGGCAAUGAUCUUGGUGGUCUAUGCGAAGAAGACCAUGGUUUUUUUUGUACUGCGAGUUCUCUUCGGUUAGAAAGUUCUUCCAGUGAUGAUGCUGAUAAACUUGCCAUUAAUGAAAUCUUUGAGGUGGCUUUUAGUGAAAGUGAAAGAGGGUCAUUGAUAUUGUUCCUCAAAGACAUUGAGAAAUCUGUGUCGGGGAACACUGAUGUGUAUAUAACUUUGAAGAGCAAGCUUGAGAAUUUACCCGAGAAUAUUGUUGUCAUAGCUUCGCAAACCCAGUUGGACAGCCGAAAGGAAAAAUCCCACCCUGGAGGUUUCUUGUUCACAAAGUUUGGCAGCAACCAGACAGCACUACUGGAUCUUGCAUUUCCGGAUAAUUUUGGUGGUAGACUGCAGGAUAGGAACAAAGAAAUGCCUAAAUCAGUGAAACAAAUCACUAGGCUAUUUCCAAACAAAGUGACCAUCCAGUUACCUGAGGAUGAAGCUUUGCUGGUGGACUGGAAGGAUAAACUUGAACGUGAUACAGAGAUCCUGAAGGCUCAAGCUAAUAUUACCAGCAUCCGUGCGGUCCUUAGCAAAAACCAUCUAGUCUGCCCUGACCUUGAAACCUUGUGCAUCAAAGACCAAACCCUUCCUUCUGAUAGUGUGGAGAAAGUGGUUGGCUUUGCUUUCAAUCACCAUCUUAUGAACUGCGCAGAACCUACAGUCAAGGACGACAAGCUUAUCAUCUCGGCAGAAAGCAUCACAUAUGGCUUGGAGCUGUUGCAUGGGAUUCAAAACGAAAACAAGAGCACAAAGAAAUCUCUGAAAGAUGUUGUUACUGAGAAUGAAUUCGAGAAAAAACUCCUAUCAGACGUCAUUCCUCCAAGUGAUAUCGGUGUUUCUUUCAGUGAUAUUGGGGCUUUGGAAAAUGUGAAAGAUACCUUGAAGGAGUUGGUGAUGCUUCCUCUUCAAAGACCCGAAUUGUUUGGCAAAGGUCAACUUACAAAGCCUACAAAGGGUAUACUGUUGUUUGGACCGCCUGGUACGGGGAAGACAAUGUUGGCAAAAGCUGUAGCAACUGAGGCUGGUGCAAACUUCAUCAAUAUAUCAAUGUCCAGCAUUACUUCAAAGUGGUUUGGUGAGGGAGAGAAGUACGUUAAAGCUGUUUUCUCUUUAGCAAGUAAGAUAGCACCAAGCGUCAUUUUUGUUGAUGAGGUUGAUAGCAUGCUCGGAAGACGUGAGAAUCCAGGAGAACAUGAAGCUAUGCGUAAGAUGAAGAACGAAUUCAUGAUAAACUGGGACGGCUUACGCACAAAGGAUAAAGAAAGAGUUUUAGUAUUGGCUGCUACCAACAGACCAUUUGACCUUGACGAAGCAGUAAUUAGACGGCUUCCCCGAAGGUUGAUGGUUAAUCUGCCGGAUUCAGCAAACAGAUCGAAGAUCUUGAGUGUGAUUUUGGCGAAAGAAGAGAUGGCAGAAGACGUAGAUUUAGAAGCAAUAGCAAAUAUGACAGAUGGGUACUCAGGGAGUGACUUAAAGAAUCUUUGCGUGACCGCGGCACAUCUUCCUAUCCGAGAGAUUCUGGAAAAAGAAAAGAAGGAGAGAAGUGUGGCUCAAUCCGAAAGCCGACCAAUGCCACAAUUAUAUAGCAGUAGAGACAUUAGACCCUUGAACAUGAAUGAUUUCAAGGCCGCACAUGAUCAGGUAUGUGCGAGUGUGUCGUCUGAUUCAUCGAACAUGAAUGAGCUCCAGCAAUGGAACGAGCUCUACGGAGAAGGAGGCUCGAGGAAGAAGACAUCACUGAGCUACUUCAUGUAAAGAGAAAACAGAGAGGUUGUGUUUUCUAGUUUAUCAAUAUAUAUUUAAAUCUCUCUUUAAUUUAUAUAUUGUACAGAGAGAUAGAGAGAGAAGAGAGUCCUCUUGAAUUGUCUAAAAAUGUUUUCUUCGGAGCUGCCUCAAUUCUUUUCUUUCUUUCUCCAAAAAAAAACUCAUAAACAUCAGAUAUACAAUCUGUUUACAUGCUUGAUUGAUGUAAUAUGUUAUCUAUAUGUAAUGUAUAUAGAGUUUAGAUAUUUUUA